CUAAAGAGGAGGGAGAGAGGGAGGGAGACCGCGGCUCCGGAGAGCGAGAGCGAGCUGAAGCUGCCUGCCGGCGGAGAGGAGGAGCGGGGCGAGGACGAGGAGGAGCGGGGCGAGGCGCAGGCGAGGCUGGGACCCGGGGCGCGCGCACUUCUCCGCAAAGUGCCAACUUCCCGGGAGAGUGCCGGGCGCGCACCUUCUGGGCGCGGGGAAAAGUCAGCGGCAAUCUGAAAUCUUAGGGAAGAAAGUCGGAUCCCCCCCCCCUCCCGUCCCCUUUUCCCCUGUUACUAAUCCCCAUUAAAAAGACAAACAACAAGAAUAACAGCAAACUUGCCAUAAUCCUGUCUGCCCCUCACUCCUGGCACCAUGAAGGCGGCCGUCGAUCUCAAACCGACUCUCACCAUCAUCAAGACGGAAAAAGUCGAUCUGGAGCUUUUCCCCUCCCCGGGUCUGAACUCCGGCGCUGCCGAAUUACAACUGCUUUCAUUUGUUUUUCCUGCUCCCCUACCAUGUAAUGGUCAAGGGCUCAUUGGAACCAUGUGUGAGCCUGAUAUGGAAUGUGCUGAUGUCCCACUGUUAACUCCAAGCAGCAAAGAAAUGAUGUCUCAAGCGUUGAAAGCUACUUUCAGUGGUUUCUCUAAAGAACAGCAACGACUGGGAAUUCCCAAAGACCCCCGGCAGUGGACAGAAACCCAUGUGCGGGACUGGGUGAUGUGGGCUGUGAAUGAGUUCAGCCUGAAAGGUGUGGACUUCCAGAAGUUCUGUAUGAAUGGAGCAGCUCUCUGUGCGCUAGGGAAAGACUGCUUUCUCGAGCUGGCCCCGGACUUCGUCGGGGACAUUCUGUGGGAACAUCUCGAGAUCCUGCAGAAAGAGGAUGUGAAACCAUAUCAAGUUAAUGGAGUGAACCCUACCUAUCCAGAAUCCCGCUAUACCUCGGAUUACUUCAUUAGUUAUGGUAUCGAGCAUGCUCAGUGCGUUCCUCCCUCGGAGUUCUCAGAGCCUAGCUUCAUUACAGAGUCCUACCAGACUCUCCAUCCCAUCAGCUCAGAGGAACUCCUCUCCCUCAAGUAUGAGAACGACUACCCCUCGGUCAUUCUCCGGGACCCUCUGCAGACAGACACUUUGCAGACGGACUACUUCGCCAUCAAACAAGAAGUUGUAACCCCAGACAACAUGUGCAUGGGGAGGACCAGUCGUGGUAAGCUCGGAGGCCAGGACUCUUUUGAGAGCGUGGAGAGCUACGACAGUUGUGACCGCCUCACCCAGUCCUGGAGCAGCCAGUCCUCUUUCAACAGCCUGCAGCGCGUCCCCUCCUAUGACAGCUUCGACUCAGAGGACUAUCCAGCCGCCCUGCCCAACCACAAGCCCAAGGGCACCUUCAAGGACUAUGUGCGUGACCGUGCUGACCUCAACAAGGACAAGCCUGUCAUUCCUGCUGCCGCCCUGGCGGGCUACACAGGCAGUGGACCAAUCCAGCUGUGGCAGUUUCUUCUGGAAUUACUCACUGAUAAAUCCUGUCAGUCUUUUAUCAGCUGGACCGGAGAUGGCUGGGAAUUCAAGCUUUCUGAUCCAGAUGAGGUGGCCAGGAGAUGGGGAAAAAGGAAAAACAAACCUAAGAUGAAUUACGAGAAACUGAGCCGCGGCCUCCGCUACUAUUAUGACAAAAACAUCAUCCACAAGACGGCGGGUAAACGCUAUGUGUACCGCUUCGUGUGUGAUUUGCAGAGCCUCCUCGGGUACACGCCCGAGGAACUCCACGCCAUGCUGGACGUCAAGCCCGAUGCCGACGAGUGACGGACACCAAAGGGGUCGGGGCACCUCUGCUGAGACAUUUCGAAGAACAACCACAUCGGUCGGACUCUUAAUUUUUAAUUGUUAUUCUAUUUUUAAUUUUCCAGAACUCACUUUUUUACAUUCAGGGGUGGGCGCUAAGUGGGCUGCAGCUAUAAUCAAUUGUGCGCAGUUGGAAAAGGACGGCCAGGACUUGAGGGGUGGGGGGGGACAAGAAAUUCUUGAGCAAAUUUUCAGGACAGAGAGAAGGGUCUUCUUAAGAAGCUUGAAGAAUCUGGCUUAAGGGAGGAGACUAAUGUGUCCCAUUACUUUUAAAACUCAUCCGUGAAAACAAUGCGUCUCGAGUGGUGGACCUAUUAGCAAAAGAAGUUGACACGUCAGGAGUCAUGAGACCCAUGAGAGACAAUUUAUUUCCUUUUGUUUUUAGGUCUGGGAGGGCAAAAAAGAGGGAGGUGGGAUAAAACAUUUUGUUUGGGGGAUGCACUAAAAACCAAGGACUAUUUACCUUUUACUCUACUUUCAAAACAAAGAUAGACUUCAGUGGGGAGGGGCCAAAACUGUUUUUGUGUUAAAAUUUUAUUUUAUUAAAUUUUGUGCCAGUAUUUUUUUUCUUAAAAAAUCGUCUUAAGCUCUAAGGUGGUCUCAGUAUUGCGGUUUCAUGCGAGUUUGUUUUUAUUUGCCGACUGAGGAUUCUGUCACAGUGAAAGGAAACUGUUUAUAUAGACCCCACUGGAAACGCAAAGUGCUGUCACUCAGAUCGGGGAUCCCAAAUUCAUGUGACUUCUAUAUGAAGGAAAAAAAAAAAACAAUGCUGAUUUGGGUACAAGGGACCUGUGCAUGUGAAUUUCAUCUGUAUUUUAAAAACUGAUCACACCCCUCUACUUACUUGUCAUUAGUGGAUUCUCGGGGUUUGGGCUUAACGUUGAGUUAAGAAGCAUUAAGUCUUUGAACUGAAUGUAUUUUGCCGCCCUGGUUUUGGACCCCAGUAAAUGUAGGAGCACUGUUGAAAUCAUAGAAUGGAUAUCGAAGGAGGAGGACUGACUUGGUUCUUAAUGGGUUCUAUACCUGUAACAUAA